UUUCCAAAAUCCUCUCAAAAGGCGCGAUACCCGGAUGUUAGGCGGAAGAAGACUACAAAUCCCGGCAUGCCUCUGUGACUGACAGAGAGAUUGUUGUCUGGGGAUUCCCCAGGUUGCUCAAAUUCCCCUUCGAUGGCAGAAGGAGCUGAAGCAGCGCUUUGAGCAGCGAGUGGGGCUCCCUUUCCUUCUCCUUCCUGAUGCCCUGUGUGGCAGUUGAGGCCUACUCUCAUGGCAGGCCUGUGUGGAAGUAGUUGAGGCCUACUUCCAACAGGGUAGGCCUGUAUGGUAGUAAUUGAGGCCUACUUCUUUCCCCAAUGGCCUAUUUGCAGGGGCAAGUGGCCCAGAGUGGGCCCAGGUCGCCCAAACGAGCUGACUCGACUUCUGGAGGGGACGACUGGUGUGACAGUGGGCUGGGCUCCCUCAGCGAAGGACAGGAAGAUGGCGCGUUUGUGGUUGCCCAGGGCGACGUGGAGAUGGGUCCUGGAGACUGUCAAGCCAUGACCUCGGACCCCAGGGUCUCCCACAAAGUCCUGGCCGAAGAAGACGAGGACCAGGAGCGGCUGGACUCGGCCAUUGGGGAUUCCUUGGGCGGUGAAGAGGAGGACGUGAGUGGCAUCGCAGAAGGCGUCCAGGCCGUGCGCCUCGAGGAAGGAAGAAGAGAAGAAGGGCCCACUGCGGUGGCGGUGACCCCAGAGGCCUGGCUCCACCAUGUCCUGGGCUUUGUGACCGAAGAUGGAGAUACAGCUCUCCACUUGGCUGUCAUUCAUGAACAUGAGGCUUUCCUGGACUCCAUCCUCCAGUUCACGCAAGGGACGGAUUAUCUGGACAUUCAGAAUGAUCUUGGACAGACAGCGCUCCACAUCGCGGUCAUCCUGGGGGCUUCUGAUUUCGUGGGCAAGCUGGUCUCAGCGGGAGCCGGCCUUUGUGUGCAGGAGAAAGGCGGCCACACAGCACUGCACUUGGCCUGUCGGGAAGGGCAGCGGGAAUGUGCCCAGCAACUCCUGGCACCUGCUCUGGGGCAAAGGCCUUGCGAAGGGAACAGUUCGCGGGCCCAGCUGGACUGCACCAACUACGAUGGCUUCACCCCUUUGCAUCUUGCAGUCUUGAGGAAAGAUGUGAACAUGGUUGGUCUCUUGAUCUCUGGGGGAUCAGAUCUCAACAAACCGGAACUGAGUUGUGGCCGGAGCCCCCUUCACCUGGCCGUGGAGGCACAGAGUCCCGAAAUGGUGGAGCACCUGCUGCGUGCUGGAGCCAACCCUGAAGCCCGGAUGUACGUCGGCUACACCCCCAUGUACAGCGCCAUCCACCGGCCCAAUGAAAAAAUCACACAGCUUUUGCGGGCCUUUGGCUCGGAGGAGCCCGAUUGGGACUCAGAGGAGAGUCUGGACAGCAAUAGCGAGGAGGAGUACGACGACAUCGUCAUCAACCGCGGGCAUUAGGAAGACCAGUUCGAGGGGAUCCUGUUUGUCUCCUGGGGCCCCCCAUCCUCUCAACCCGCCUCCCCCUGUGGCAGCUGGCUGUGAUUUCUGUAGCAACUGCAUCUUCACUGUGAGCUAGAUUUGUAUUAUUUAUAAGAAGCGAGGCUGCGAGUCUCGAGCAGAUCCUGGCACCCCAUUCCAAUGUAACUUCCGUGGUUGCUUUGUUUUUUUUCUGUCCGGUUUCCAAGCCCUCGCGGCUUCUUGUCUGUCUCGAUGUUUGAUAUCCAACAGUGAAGAAUGUGCUUUGACCAUGUGUGGGCGAACUCUGGUCCUCCAGGCGUUUUGGACUUUAACUCCCACAAUUCCUAACAGUUAGGAACUGUGGGUAUUAGAGUCCAAAAUACCUGGAGGGCCAAAGUUUGCCCAUGCCUGGCUUUGGGUAUUAGUAUUUCUGUUCUUCUUUAGAUAUUUCCCAUUCCCACUUGCUGCAUCGUGCCUUAAGCACGGUCUCAGUGGACACUGGAGCUGAGACAGUCGUCCAUGUCUAGACCCGAAGUGUUAGUUAUUCUAGACCAGUGGUUCUCAACCUGGGGUCCCCAGAUGUUUUGGCCUUCAACUCCCAGAAAUCCUAACAGCUGGUAAACUGGCUGGGAUUUCUGGGAGUUGUAGGCCAAAAAC